GGGCCAGGAGCACCGGAAGCGCAACGGCCGGAGGCGGAGGCACCCGCAGUGGCACGCCGGCGCUGCGCCCGCGGCAGACCCGGCGCCCACGGCGCCCGGCCCGCCGCAGGGCCCGCAGCAGGUUCAGGCCCUGGACGAGCCGCCCCGGGGCCCGCCCGUGGAGCCGCUGCGGGCCGCGCCGGCGGCACCGCCCCACGCCGUCGCGGAGGCGCUCUCCCCCGCAGCCGCCUUUGCGCCCGCACCCCCGCCCGUGUUCCCGCACGCGCCCGCGGCGCCCGCGGUGCCGCAGGCGCAGCCCCAGCAGACGCCCGAGCAGCCGCCGCAGCCCGCGCAGCCGCCGUG